AGUUCCGGCUUACAGUCAUGCAGCUUGCGCAAGGUCCCACACGCCGUUGGCGUGAGGUCUCGCAGGUCCCUCCAGCGCUCCAUCCCUGCAGCGGAGCAGGGCCCAGUCGUGAGCCCCGACGAACGCGAAGCCGAACGACCGUCGCCCUGGCAGCCUUCACCGUCGCCCUUGGCUCCGGCACGAACCGCCUGCGAAUCCAACGGAGGGUGCGUCCCGAGCGGAAGGAGGUCGUGCAGGCGGAGCUGGCGGAACGAAAGUCCAAGGAGGUCUUGCCGUAUGCCCAGCCACAGGAAGCCAUCCAGUGGCCAAAUGUCUUGGACCCCAUGAAGCGGCAAGCUGAUUUGUCGUUGGAGAGGGAGGAUGGAGAGAUGAAAAGGCAAAACUUUCAAGGCAAACGUGAACGAACGGUGCGUGCCUUGAUGCAGUCCUUCUUGCGAAUGCAGGACCCCCUGCGGAUCAUCCGCUUCGGCAUCGAACACCCGGAGGGCGACGGGCGCGGCUGGGCGGCCGUGGCGCUCACACGGCUGAACAAGACGCAGGAGGCGGCCAAAUUGGCGGCGGGGCCAGAUGGGCAGACGCCCUGCGGCUACCAGACCAUGAGAUACGUGGCACAUGCGUGUGCCAAAGAGGGCGCCAUUGAGGCAGCUUACCAUCUUUCGCGGCUGCAGCAGAAGUGCGGACGCACCAAGUUCAUUACGGCUGGAUCUCGAGCCUUCCAAAGCGUGGUUGAGAGUUCCGCACUGUACCUUCAGUCGACGGCCGAACAGAUGCCCAAGCUGCUGGCAGGGCACGGUGCACGAGUGGCCGAGGAAAUCGAGACCCUUCUGGAGAUGAAAAAUGAGAUCCUGGCUCUCACUCCGAACCGCCGCUUCUUAAUGCUGAACGAGCCUUUCAAUCAGCUCAUCCGCUGGUAUGGCCGUGCUCGUUUGAUCCCACAAGCUCUUCGCGCCUGCGAGAUUAUGAAUGAGCUUGGCAUCCCCAGAAAUGACAUGACCCUCCAUUUCCUGAGUCGUGGCUGUGCUCAGCAGUUCACCUGCCUCAAGAAGGCCAAGCGCUACACGCAGGCGCCCAACGAUUUGCCGGGCUACCGCCCGGAGGUGGUGUUCCUCGGCCGGGUGAACUCGGGAAAAUCCUCCAUGAUCAACGCCUUGUUCAGCUCCCUGACCAAGUUUGCUCCAGCCUCGAAGACCCGAGCCUUCACACGAAAGCUCAUGUUCUACGAGGUGAACAAGGAACGUGCAGGACUACCUCACUUCAUGAUGGUGGAUACUCCUGGCCUGGGGUGCGCUGACAUCGGGCGAGCAGCCUCAAUCACUCGGGACUGGCCUGAUCUUAUCUAUGACUACCUGAAGAAUCGAGAAGCUUUGAAGCACAUUUUCCAUUUAGUCGAUGCAAGAAACCACAAGCUGCUCCCUGGGGAUAAGCAGCUCCUCCAUUUGGUGGCCAAAGCUCAGCGGCGAAGCGUUCGGUAUACCAUCGUGAUCACAAAGAUUGACGUUUGCAAGCGUGCCGUGGCGAAUGACACUGCCCAACGCAUCAGAGAGGAGCUGAGCCCUUACUGCGAUGUUGAUAUUAUGUUUGCAAGCGCGCGGAGUCUCCGCGGGGUGGACCAUAUGUGGUCGAAGAUUUGGCAGUCCGUGACUGAAACUCCACGGGGCCGACGGCAUAAGGACAUCGGCCGGAAAGAACUGGAGAGACUGAGGGAGCUGGGACCAGAUGCCACCAAAGGUCCCAGCCUGUCCGAGCUCCUGGAGAUCCCCGAUUACCGAAAUGUCCAGCAACCGCAGAGCUUUGAUGGUGAGGAGUGGGCUGAAGACAACGACUACGACAUGAAGGUUGGAGAGCGGAGUGAGGAGUAUUUCGAUGACAAGUGGGGAGAAGAGCUCGAUGAUGAAGGUGAGGGGCGCACCCUAGACGACUUUGACGAUGAAGCAUAUGAAGAUGAGGAUGACUUCAGCGAAGACGCCACCUUGCUUGUGGUCAGGACAUGGGGGUGGCCUUGGAACGUCGCUGGGAAGACUUUGAUGAUGACGACGAUUUUGAGGAUAGUGAAGUCACCAAGGCCGAUGCACGUGUGAGCUCGCCGAAAGAGUGAGGGCAAUCGUGCAAAAAGGGGCACACUGCAGCUGCAAUUGGCAGUGAGGAAGUGUGGACAUUUGCUUGUUUGGGGCCGCCAGUCGGAACAAACAGUCUAUCAUGACCUAUCAUAGAUUAUUUCCAUCCAUGAUAGAGGGAGUUCAG